AUUGAUAACCGACCAGUGAAACUGUGAAAGGCAAACGUACCUGUUGUCUGUACGCAAUUGUAUAUUCUGUUGAUUUUUACCUUUACAAUUCGGAAGGUAUAUUGAUAUAUUUAGUAUUAUUAUGCAAUUAUAUCGAGCAUUGCCGAUUGAUAAGUAGUACUUAACACUGUUGGAUGUUGGUAGGGUAGUCAGUUUCAUACGUUUCAGUACACACUACACCACGACGCUAUGUGUGCGUCGUCUGCCCUUCAAAAGGAUUAGCGUUUCAACCACCAUUAUGUACUUUACGUUCGGAACGGACAUCGAUCCGUUUCUUGUGAAAAAUUUCAACGUGCGAUCUACCAUUGGGCUGGUGACAUUAUGUGUUGGUUUGUUAGCGCUGGCGGUGGUCUUCGAGUCACUUAAGACUGUACAUUUCAUGACGAGGGUUCACCGACGGUUGUUAUGUUGCAGUCAGCCAGAUUGCAAGGAAUUUAUCAAUAAAGAUGCAUUUGUAGUAACAUUUAGAAUGAAAGUUUUUGACUGUUUUAGAACAUUGAGUGUUUACAUGUUUCAAAUGUUGGUUGGAUAUAUUUUAAUGUGUGCAAUAAUGACAUUCAAUGGAUAUAUUUUUUUUGCCACUGUUGGAGGAUAUGGAUUGGGAUACUGGUUGUUUGGCUUAACAAUGAUGCAUUUGUCAGCAAGGAAUUUACUGAAAUCUCAAGAUGUUCCAAUCAGAUGUAAAAACUGUACUAGAAUCAAAAAAGAUACUACAGAAGAUAGUAUCAGUACUGAUAUAAGUGAUGAUAUAGUACCAAGCACAAGUUCUGUGGUUGAAGUGGAAAUACAUAAUAGAUCAUAAUUUUAAUAAAAUAUUAUCUUCUUAGAUUUUAAGAAACAUGUUUUAACUUUUAAUUUGUUAUUAAGGUAUUUAAAAUAUUUUUGUAGUUACCAUUGUAUCACAAAAUGUUUAUUGCCAAACCAAAGAUAUUAUUUAUUAAUUAAAAUCUAUUUUAUACUGUUGAUACCAUUAUACAAUUGAAAUUUUAAAAAUCUUUAUAGAGUAUUUUAAAUGUCUAUACAAGAAUAACAUAAUUGUUAUAAAAUAAUAUAUUUAAUUAGUGAUAACAAAUACAAAAUAAAAAUUGCUCAUUGUAAAUUUUCAAUUGAAGUGACAAAAUAUAAAUGUAUUAUUUUCAUAACUUAAUAUUAAUAAUUUCCCAAUGGUUUUACCAUAGCCUUAUUAAAUUUUAUAAAACAGUUUAUUUUUAUUAAGCUAAUACAAGAAAUAUAAAAUGAUUACUGUUAGAAGCAUGUAUAAUAUAUUUUGGAAUAACAAUGAAAAUUUGUUAUAUUCUCAUCAAAAAAACAUAUUUUUGGUUUAAUAAUUUCAUUUCAUAAUUCUUAAUUGUUAAGUAGGUACAUGCUAUAUUUUUAUUUCAUACAUUGUUAUUUUUUCUGAUUUUAUGUAUAGUUGUUAACUAAGUUUAAGGUUCUUAAUUUUAUACUUACUAACGGAAUAUUUAUGUCAAAAAUAUAUUUUUAUUAUAAAUUUUAAA